AUGUUUUCCCACUACCCUUCUUUAAGCGGACUGCAAGUCGCCAGCUUUCUUCCACUUCUCAUCUCCGGAGCGAGUGCCCUGCUGAACGCCACUGAGACUACCACUCAGCUCACGCUCGCCAAUGAUCGCCUGUCUGCAACAGUCAACAAAGCAGGCGGGUACAUCUCGACCCUCACACUCGACGGCCAAGAUCUACUCGGUCCCAAAUCAGGAAGUACAGGCAUAGGACCCUACCUAGACUGCUACUGCACGCCCUCCGGAUUCUACACACCAGGCAACAUCGCACCAAAAUACAAACUCAUCAAAGGUGUCGACUCAACCAACACCCCCUAUGGUGGCGUCGUAAUGAGCGAAAUCUAUCCUCCCACCGGCCAACUAAUGGAACAAUACUGGUUCCUCCGUGAAGGCGAGACAGGCCUACACACAUUCAGCCGCCUCGCCUACUACAACAGCAGCACACCCUUCCUGCGCAACCUGCAAGAAAUGCGCGUUCUAUUCCGGCCCAACACUCCCCUAUGGACACACCUCCUCACCAACGAGAAGACAUUCGCUCCCUUACCAUCCAAGACCGCAGUAUCCAAACAAGUCGUCGUGCAAGACGCAACGUGGUACCUGGGCAACACGCCGGAGGAUCCGUAUGUGCAGCAGAUGGCGGAUUAUUUCACGAAAUAUACGUUUCAGGAUGCGUGGAGGGAUCAUGAUGUCCAUGGGAUGUAUGCGGAUGGGAGUCAGAGUGCGGAUGGGAGAGCGUAUGGGAGUUGGUUGGUGAUGAAUACGAAGGAUACGUAUUUUGGGGGGCCGGUGCAUAGUGAUUUGACGGUGGAUGGGAUUGUGUAUAAUUAUCUGGUUUCGAAUCAUCAUGGUGAAGGAACACCGAAUAUCACAGAUGGAUUUGAUCGUACUUUCGGACCUCAAUACUACCACUUCAACAGCGGUCCCUCCGGAACCACCAUGGAAACCCUCCGCAAAGAAGCCCUCCAAUUCUACUCCCCCACCUGGAACACCCCCUUCUACGACAGCAUCGCCCCCUUCGUACCCAACUACGUCCCCUCCACGCUCCGCACAACCUGGAAAGCACACGUCGACCUCCCCCCCAACGCCAAGAACCCCAUCGCAAUCCUCUCCCAAAACGGCGUCUACUUCCAAGACAACGCCCUCGACCCAACCGCCUACCAAUACUGGGCCGACAUCGACCCCUCCACCGGCAACGUCGAGAUCCCCUCUGUCAAAGCAGGGACUUACCGCAUGACUCUGUACGCAGAGGGGAUUUUCGGACAGUAUGUUAAAGAUGAUGUUAAAGUCAUCGCGGGGGAGGUACACACCACGCACGCACGCUGGAGGGAAGACUCUGCCGGGACGGAAAUCUGGCGGAUCGGCACGCCGGACCUCUCAGCGGGGGAAUUCAAGCACGGGUACGCGCCCUACGACUCUAAACCCUUACACCCAGAACAAUACCGGAUCUACUGGGCGAUCUACGAUUUCGUGUCUGAAUUCCCCGAUGGGUUGACAUACACUAUAGGCGAGAGUGACCCGGCAGAGGAUUUCAACUAUGUGCAUUGGAGCGUGUUUGGGGGGUAUGCGAAUAGUGUGCGGACGGAACAGGUCGAGAGGAAUGUGAAUAAUUGGACGUUGGUGUGGGAUAUGGAGAGGGGGGCGUUUGAGAGGAAGAGGAGGGCUACUUUUACGGUGCAGUUGGCGGGGGCGAAGACUGCGGCGGGGAAUACGGAUGUUUUUAAUGCGAGUGAACCGCAUGCGAAUUUGAGGUAUACUGUGAGUGUCAAUGGGAGGGAGUUGGAGCCGUGGGUUAUUCCGUAUUACCACUCCUCCUCCUGCGCCGUCCGCUCCGCCGUAAGCUGCUACAACAUCGCCAACAAAUUCACCUUCGACCCGAAAUACUUCGUCGAAGGCAAGAACGAGAUAGUGCUAAGUCUGCCUUUUAAUGCGACGGAUUAUGAGAGUGCGGUUCUGCCGAGGAGUGUCUAUGUUCAGUAUGAUGCGUUGAGGUUGGAGGUUGUGUAG